GCCCAAGUACUUCGAAUCAUCAACAAGAAAUCCAAGAAAGAACAGCGAAGGAAAAAUGUGACAAGAAAAGUGUUUUCUCGACUCGAGAUGUUAGAAGGUGCUAAAUCAAUAGGUGCCGGAGCUGCUACAAUUGCUUUAGCCGGAGCUGCUGUCGGUAUUGGAAAUGUCCUCAGUUAUUUGAUUCAUUCCGUGGUGCGAAAUCCAUCAUUGGCUAAACAAUCAUUUGGUUAUGCCAUUUUGGGAUUUGCUCUCACCGAAGCUAUUGCAUUAUUUGCCCCAAUGAUGGCCUUUCUGAUCUCAUUCAUUUUCCGAUCGCAUAAAAAGUCAUGA